GGGAGAGAGAGAGAGAGAGAGAGAGAGUGUGUGAGUUAGAGAGAGAAACAGUGAGAGGAGAGCGAAAGAAAAGCUAUUUCACUUCGCAGUACGGCGGUUCUACGUAUUCCGGGGAGUUUGCCGACGAGCAUUCUUGUGGACGGAGCCUAGUUUCCUUUCCCAGGCGCGAAGCUCAUUUGCUCUGUAGUCUGCACAGUCAGCUGGAGCUCCGGCGAAGAACAGUACUUCUCCGGCGAUACUUUUCCGCUUUGGCAUUUUUCCGAUUCGAAGAAUUGGGAGCUGUCCGAGUUUCUUUUUGUUGCUGGUUUCGAGUUUCGAAAAUCUCGAGCUCGAAGUCUUUCCUUUCGGUAGAAGAUUUCUAGGGUUUUGCACUUCGCACAUUGUAUUUCACCUUCCGAAAAAAAGCUGCCGUUUCGGACAGUUUCGGGUGUCUCAUUUUGCUUUGGUGGCUGAUUUUUUUUUGGUUUAUUGUGUACUCUAUUUGGUCCGUCUUGUUUUUUUAGCAACUCCGAAUCUAGCCGUUGGAGAAAGUUGGCCCUUUUCUACUACUACCUUGUUUUCGCUACCUGUUUUCUUCUAUAAUUGGAGUUUUUGUCACUGUUUCUUCGAGUUUUAUAGCUUUUCUUCUUUCGCUCUUGAAAAAGUUUGGGGCUUGGCUGCGAUUUCUUAUGGCUUUGCAGUGUUUUUGAGUCUUUUCAACAAUGCGAGUGUUUCUGAACAUGAAAAGGCUCCUGGGACUAUUCACUUUGGUUGUCGUUUUAGCUCCGAUUUACGUGAGAUCUCUGAACCCGUCCCUGAACGACGACGUUCUGGGGCUGAUUGUGUUCAAGGCCGAUGUUCAAGAUCCGAAGGGAAUGCUCGCGUCUUGGAACGAAGACGACAACAGCCCCUGUGGAUGGAUGGGCGUGAGAUGCAACCCCAGAUCCAAGAGAGUCACUGAGCUCAACCUCGACGGCUUCUCUCUUUCGGGUCGUUUGGGCAGAGGGCUUCUUCAGCUGCAGUUUCUCAGGAAGCUCUCCUUGGCUAGGAACAGUCUCAAUGGAAGCAUAAGCUCCAACAUAGCACGAAUCGACAACCUCCGAGUCCUCGAUUUGAGAGACAACAGCUUCUCGGGAGACAUACCAGAAGAUUUCUUCAGACAAUGUGGGUCUCUCAGAGUACUCUCCCUGGCCAAGAACAAGUUUUCCGGGAAAAUUCCUGAUAGUUUGAGCUCAUGCUCGACUAUUGCCUCGAUUGACUUGUCGUCGAACCGUCUUUCCGGUUCGUUGCCUUCUGGGAUUUGGUCCUUAAAUGGGAUUCGAUCGUUGGAUUUGUCUGAUAAUUUCUUGGAGGGUGAAAUUCCUAAGGCGAUUCAAGGGUUGAACAAUCUGAGAACUAUUAAUCUUGGGAAGAAUCGGCUUUCUGGGACGGUUCCUGAUGGCAUUGGAAGUUGUUUGCUUUUGAGGUUCAUUGAUCUUGGCGAGAAUUCCUUCUCCGGAAGCUUACCAGAGACAAUGCAGAAACUUUCACUUUGCAAUUAUCUAAAUCUGCAUGGGAAUUCGUUCGCUGGUGAAGUUCCUCAGUGGAUUGGAGAAAUGAAGAACCUUGAGACCUUAGACCUUUCGGCUAAUAAGUUUUCAGGUCAAGUUCCAAGCUCCCUAGGAAAUCUUCAAUCUCUAAAGGUGUUGAAUUUUUAUGCCAAUGGUCUAACGGGAAGCUUGCCAAAGUCUCUAGCUUCUUGCACAAAUCUUCUGACGUUGGAUUUCAGUCAGAAUUUGAUGACAGGUGAUCUUCCUUUGUGGAUUUUCAACUCGGGUUUACAGGAAGUUUCACUUUCAAGGGGAAAACAAGGUGGAAGAAUGGAUAUUCCUAUGAAGUCAUCUGCGGAGAAUGGGCUUCAGAAUCUUCAAGUCCUGGAUUUGUCCCACAAUUCAUUUUCAGGUGAAAUUUCAUCAAACAUUGGGAUUUUGAGCAGUUUGAAGUUCUUGAAUUUGUCUAGGAACUCUCUUGUGGGUCCUAUUCCCGUGACUUUUGAAGAUUUGAAGUUGGUGGUUAAUCUUGAUUUGAGUCGGAAUCAGCUAAAUGGAAGCAUCCCUGAAGAAAUUGGAGGGGCUGUUUCUUUGAAGGAACUUAGACUAGAGGAAAACAAGCUUGAAGGCAAAAUCCCAACUUCAAUUGAGAAUUGUUCAUCAUUAACAACUUUGGUACUAUCACUGAACAAACUGAGUGGCCCAAUACCUGCAGCAAUAGCUAAACUUGUCAACCUGCAAAAUGUGGACUUGUCUUUUAAUAACCUCACUGGGGGCUUACGAAAGCAGUUGGCCAAUCUUCCCAAUCUCAUAUCCUUCAACAUUUCUCACAACAACCUCCAGGGUGAACUACCUGCUGGCGGCUUUUUCAACACCAUCUCUCCCUACUCUGUGUCUGGAAACCCGUCUCUUUGUGGUUCUGCAGUCAAUAAGUCUUGUCCUGCAGUCCUUCCCAAACCAAUUGUUCUCAAUCCCAACUCGUCUUCUGAUGCCACUCCAGGUUCAUUACCUUCAAAUGUUGGCCAUAAAAGAAUCAUCCUCAGCAUUUCUGCGCUCAUUGCUAUUGGUGCAGCUGCUGUCAUAGUCAUAGGUGUAAUUGCUAUUACUGUGCUUAACCUCCAUGUCCGGACAUUCGCAUCUCGAUCAGCAGCUGCCCUCACCUUCUCUGGAGGGGAUGACUUCAGCCAUUCUCCCACUACAGACACCAAUUCUGGAAAGCUUGUGAUGUUUUCGGGCGACCCUGAUUUCAGCACAGGUGCACAUGCUCUGCUCAACAAGGAUUGCGAGCUUGGCCGUGGGGGGUUUGGAGCAGUGUAUAGAACAGUUCUUCGAGAUGGCAAUCCUGUUGCAAUCAAGAAGCUCACUGUUUCAAGUCUUGUCAAGUCCCAAGGAGAAUUCGAAAGGGAAGUUAAGAAAUUGGGCAAAGUCAGGCACCAAAAUCUCGUAGCGCUUGAAGGUUACUAUUGGACGCCAUCAUUGCAGCUCCUCAUAUAUGAAUUCGUCACCGGUGGUAGCUUGCAUAAGCAUCUCCAUGAAGGAUCAGGUGGAAACUUCCUCUCGUGGAAUGAGAGGUUCAAUAUAAUUCUUGGGACUGCAAAAAGCUUGGCUUACUUGCACCAGCAUAACAUUAUCCACUACAACAUAAAAUCGAGCAAUGUCCUAAUUGACAGUUCAGGUGAACCCAAAGUGGGCGACUACGGCCUAGCGAGGUUGUUGCCAAUGCUGGACCGUUAUGUUUUGAGCAGCAAGAUUCAAAGUGCACUCGGCUACAUGGCACCAGAGUUUGCUUGCAAAACGGUGAAGAUAACUGAAAAAUGCGAUGUCUAUGGAUUUGGGGUUUUGGUUUUGGAGGUGGUCACUGGAAAAAUGCCUGUUGAGUACAUGGAAGACGACGUCGUGGUGCUCUGCGACAUGGUUAGAGGGGCGUUAGAAGAGGGCAGGGUUGAGGAAUGUGUUGAUGCAAGGCUGCAUGGAAAAUUCCCUGCUGAAGAGGCAAUUCCCGCAAUGAAAUUAGGCUUGAUCUGCACAUCACAAGUGCCCUCAAAUCGACCAGACAUGGGGGAGGUUGUUAACAUACUAGAGCUGAUCAGAUGCCCUUCAGAAGAUCAAGAGGAGUUGGGAUCAAAUUAGAUAAUCGCAUCGACGGUUGAGAGAAGGGAUUUACAAUCAGGUUAUCCGGCGAAGAAGAAUCCGGUUUUGUUCAUUAGAUUAGAGAAGAGAAAUCCUACAAAUUUUCCUUUUUUCAAUUCUUGUGUUCUCUUGUUUAUUUUAUGUUCAUGCUGUGUUUUCUUCUCUGUAUUACGAUUAGGCCACCGGAUUCCCCUUCACCAGGUUCCAUUUUGUGUCCCUGUUGGAUUUAAUUUGCUACUAAUCUUUUGUACUCUACUAAUUUCUAUCCUGCUUAUGUUAUUCUAUAAACCGAUUCUACUGCAAACAGAGUGCAAUCCCUCAUAACCACAGAAAGUUUCGGGCAUAUGUAACAAUUUUGGUUUAUUUGGUUGCAUUAAAAAAAAAAAAAAAUCGGUUGAU